ACUAGCAGCAGUAGUAGCCCAAAUAAUUACAAAAAACCAGAGAACAAAAGUCUUUAUACCCUUUUAUUGGUUUGAUUAUUGGAGAGAGAUAAAAAAGAAAAAGAGAAGAACCCCAAACCACCCACUUCUCACUCACUUUCCAGUUUCCAAGAACUAAAAAGAAAAUAACAAUAAUAAACACAUUACAUAAAAGUAUUUUCUUAAGCCCCUCAUACUGGCUCAUAGUGAUCAUGAUGCUUGUUGAACUAGUCUUUUUCAUUACAAGUAUGUGUUAGUUUCACUACUAUAAAGAUAUUAAAAAGAAAAAAAAAACACAUACAUGUAUGAUAUAUAUUCUCCUUUCAUUCUCCUUUUUCUGUCUCUGCAAAAGUCAAUUUAUUAUGUUUUGUGUUACUAGUUUAUUAAUUAUCAUUAAUUAAUUAAUUAAUUUACAGCUAGCAGUAGUAGCAGUGUUUCUGAUCUUGCUGCAUAUCUUCCUAUCAGUUUCUAUAUCAGAGUAGUAAUUGCAUAUACUUGUGUGUAGUCUCUCUCUUUUUCUGCAAAUCUUCUUUGUUCUGAAAGGAAUUACAGUGACCCCACAUACCAUUUCUAUUCACAGACUUGUUAGAUCUUCUCAGAUCUUGUAUCUUUUUUCAACCCUAUAUUCAGAUUUGGAUUUUGGAAAAUAUAAAUUUUGUUUUAAAUGAAAUAAAAAAGUUUUUGUAAAUAAAAAUAUUAGCAGUUGUGGCUACUAGCAGGAGUAGUAGGCUGCCUUCGGAUUCAGGUGGUUUUGGAGAUUGGAUUACUAAUUCUUCUUCAUCAUCAGCUCUUAGACCUUCAGAUCAAGAUCUUUCUUUGGGUUUCAAUGCUAGUCCCGCCACUGCUGGCGGGACAACGUCUGUCGGGAUGUGGUCUGCAUCGUCCACAUCCCGGCAGAUCAACUACGGCCUACCCGAAAUGGGAAUAUUAGGUCUUCGUGAUCAUGUGUAUGUGGUGGCCGAUCAUCACGGCCACCACUCACACUCAAAUGUGUCCGUCGCCAACGCUAGUGCGGCUGCGACAGCACUUGGCGUUGGCGUCAUUCCACUUCUUACCGCAACUCCUCUUCUUAACAACAUUGAAGAGGAUAUGUUAAACACUCGCAAAAAUAGUAACAACAACAACAAUAAUAAUUAUAGCAUUCAGUUUUGGCAGCAACAUCCAAAUUAUUUGAACAAACCCAUGAUUUCGGAUCACGGGUUUCUUCAAGGUGGUGGUGGUGGUGGGGGGUCGACGUCAUCAACAUCAGGAUCCACAUUAACAUGUCAAGAUUGUGGAAACCAAGCGAAAAAAGAUUGUACACAUAGAAGAUGUAGGACUUGUUGUAAAAGUAGAGGGUUUGAUUGUGCAACACAUGUGAAAAGCACAUGGGUACCCGCUGCUCGCCGGCGUGAAAGGCAACAAGUAACAACACCCACUAAUAAUGGUAAUGGAGCCACCACGGUGUCAUCUGCUUCUACUUCUGGUCCUAAGAAGCCUCGUCUCACUUCUCAUACAACCACCACUUCUCACACUUCUACUUCAAACAACACUCCUCCUCGAAGUUUUGAUACUAGUUCUAGUCAUCAUCAUCAAGAUGCAAGUUUCAAGGAAACAUUGCCGGGACAAGUACGAGCCCCGGCAGUGUUCAAAUGUGUGCGAGUGACGGCGGUGGAAGACGGUGAAGACGAGUACGCAUACCAAGCAAGUGCGACGAUUGGCGGACAUAUAUUCAAAGGUUUCCUAUACGAUCAAGGAGUUCAGACAAGAGAUCAUACAAACUACCCAAAUUUUUCGGAAUUGCAUCUUGGUAGUAGUAGUAGUGGAAGGAAUGUGGGAGUCCUUGAACAAUCUGGUAAUGUUUAUGCAUCUUCAUCCGGUGGAUUUCUUACGGGUACAACUUAUGGUGGUGCUAACCAAAUAAAUUGAUACACUUUAAUUUGCUUAUUAUUGUUGCAAAACAAAAGUUAAUAAUUAUUAUUGUCCAAAAAACAUUCACGGAAAUUGAUUGGGCUGCGUGGCAUUGUGUAGUCCAAUCAAAUUAUUGGCAUUAGGGUUUAUCAUCUAUUGGAGACUUUGAAUGUUGCCCUAAAAUCCGCUCUCAUUGUACUCCCAACGAUUUUUUUUCGUGUGAUACACUCUCACUUUUGUCUACAAAAUGCAAUAAUUUUUCUAGUUAAA